GAGCCAAGCCGCCUCCAGCCAUUUCCAACUCUGCCCCGGCAACAGCGCCGGAGCCCCAGCCAGGCGACCCAGCGCCGCGCCACGCCGCGCGCGCGCCCAGAGAAGCAGCUGUUCCCAACAGCUGGGGGGCGGCGGCGCCGGGCGCCCCAGGUGCUGUCCCGGCCAAUCGCGAGCGUCCGGCCCGCCCCCUCCCCAGCCGGGCGUCGACCCCCGGGCCGCGAGGGAGGGGAGCAGAGGGGUGGAGAGCGGUCCUCUGUCCGCACUGGUCCGGCAGCUCCCAGGCAGGAGGGACGGUCCCCAGCUCCAGCCGGGCCCAGCACCGCGCCCCCAGCUGCCACCUCCGCGACCCCGGGACGCGGUGGCCUCCGAGCCAACCCCCCUCCUACUCCAGCCGCCGAUCUUUUUUUUUUUUUUUUUUUUUUUUCCUGAGAAAGAAACAUCUACCUCUUCUGGACUCAAGAGACCACCACCCUCCUCUUUGCAUUAGAAAAAAAAAAGAAUUUUUUUUUUUUUUUUUACUUCCACGCGGGGUGAGUGCAAAAGGCUCGCGCAGUCCACGGCUGCAGAGCUGGUUACCGGGGCGAUAGGGAGGGUCUGGACAGUGAGCGGACGUGGGGACCGGAGCCGAGCGCCCGGGCGAGUGUCGGGGGCCGCGGGCCACUCGGGAAGCCGCGCGCCGAGCGCCCACGCCGCGCCCUCGCCCCCGCGUGCGCCCUCGGCCCCCGGCGGCCGCCGCGCGCUGCGGGAGACGCGGAGCCCGAGGACCGGGCGCAGCCGCAGCCGCAGCCGGAGCCGGAGCCCGAGCCGCGGGGCGGGCGCGAAGAUGCACACGACCCAGAAGGACACGACGUACACCAAGAUCUUCGUGGGAGGGCUGCCCUACCACACCACCGACGCCAGCCUGCGCAAGUACUUUGAGGUCUUCGGAGACAUCGAGGAGGCGGUGGUCAUCACCGACCGGCAGACCGGCAAGUCCCGGGGCUACGGAUUUGUCACCAUGGCUGACCGGGCUGCUGCUGAAAGGGCCUGCAAGGAUCCCAACCCCAUCAUUGAUGGUAGGAAGGCCAAUGUGAACCUGGCAUACUUGGGAGCAAAACCAAGAAUCAUGCAGCCAGGUUUUGCCUUUGGCGUUCAACAGCUUCACCCGGCCCUUAUACAAAGACCCUUCGGGAUCCCCGCCCACUACGUCUACCCGCAGGCUUUUGUGCAGCCCGGAGUGGUCAUCCCGCACGUCCAGCCCACGGCAGCCGCGGCCUCGACCACGCCGUACAUCGAUUACACUGGAGCGGCCUACGCACAGUACUCGGCCGCGGCCGCGGCGGCUGCGGCGGCUGCGGCCUACGAGCAGUACCCCUACGCGGCGUCCCCAGCCGCCACCGGCUAUGUGACCGCUGGGGGCUACAGCUACGCUGUCCAGCAGCCCAUCACGGCCGCUGCUGCGCCUGGGACGGCUGCGGCCGCGGCCGCGGCAGCUGCAGCCGCAGCAGCCUUUGGCCAGUACCAGCCUCAACAGCUGCAGACCGACCGGAUGCAGUAGGCCAGCAGAGGCUGAGCAGAGUCGGAAGGGGGAAAGGGGUUGCUCUCCCCCCCGCCCCCCCCCCCACUCUCCCAGUUCUUCGUAGCUAAUGAGAAAGUUAACGUUGACCUGACAGCUUUUAAAGGGAGAGAGCAAAGCUGUUGUGAAGCAGUGGUGUUCCUUUUUUCGUACUCUGGGUAGUGCUGCAGGUGGAGAGGGAGAAUGGGAGGGCGAGGAGCAGUGUUUGAAGUCAAUCCCAAAGAGCCUGAGUUACACAGAACAGCCGCUAGAACACGAUGGCAGGGGGUAGCUAUCAGCGGGACUUCACUUUUGUAUCGGGGGUUUUUAUUUUAUUUUUUUGCUCUUUUUUAUAGUAUCAGGGAAGCAAACUGCCUUUUCCAAGUUAGAAAACGCUAUGUGAAUCUAGCUGAACCAGGGAAUACGGAGUGAGCGAUCUGUAGCUUGAACCAUGUGUAAAGGCACACUUUUUUAAAAACAACCGAGACGGCACAAGUGCUGGCCGACCUCCGUGGCGGCCACCGAGGCCUGCAGGACUUCCUUAGGGCAGAAGGUAGUGUUCGCGCUAUCUCCAAAAUGGGCAUCGAACAAUCACUUCAGGAGAGUGGCAGCAGGGACAGUGGUGGACAGGUACCAAAGCGAUUUUCUCAUCUGUUCUGUGGACGCGCGGGCUUGUGGAGCAAUUGACGCUGCGCCAGCCGCUCAGACAAUCAAUAGCGCACACAGUUCCGCAAAGCGUCCGUCGCCUGUGCUCGUGGGAGGCGCUGGUCACAUUCUAACCCCUCUCCCCGUGCUGCUUCACUUGGGGGAACUUUCAUCUGCUGGUCAGGUUUUCGACACCACCACUACUCUUUCUAUUUAUUGUCCGGACUAGGGGAUUAUGGGUAAAGGCAGGCAGAGUUUGCAGAUGCUCAACCCUUCAGGACCGUCUGGAGGACCUUUAUUUUCUUCCCCCCUUUUUAAAUAAUUUUACACUUUUUUCGUAUCUAUUUCAGAGUCCUAUUUAAAGGUAUUUAUUAGUGACUACAGUACCUAAGACAGCAAGGUUCUUGACAUUACAGUUCUUCAACAGUUGAUGAUCUUGUACUUUAUAAUGUGCCUUAAUAAUAAUCCUAUUUAAGAUAUUUAUUUUUAAGUUUUCCUAUGCUGCACUCUAAAGGAAGGAACUUUAGACGUGACACUGUAAAAUUAUGUAUUCAUCUCAUGGCAUAAGUUAUUCAGUAGGUCCAGAUGUAGCAUAUUAAAUAUUAACCUAUUCAACUAAAGAUGUUGGCUUGGAUUUAUUUAAAUUCAUAUGUGCACUGUUCGAGAGGGUGUUCUUACCUGAACACAUCUGAGUUUAUUUUAGUCUUGAGAUUUUUUUUUUUUUU